CUCCUUACUCGAUAUUACUAGCUUAUGCACCCCAAUGAACCCCAAUAAGCCACUCCUUCCUACCAGUCCUCCACAGGAGAGUAUACUACUAUACCUGGCCUCUACAAGACAUCGGAAUGACCCAAGCUAUAUUAUCUCACUGCGCAAUAAUCCAAGCAGACUCCAUCUCAUGCCAGAGACGAGAUGGCUCUCCCCGUGCAGAAGCAGGAUAUUCCCAGAACUAAUGCUGUUAAGACGUAAUGUUCCCUGAAGUUCAAGAUAAUAUCCAGCAUGAAUACAGCACUAUCUUCAACUAUAAAAGGCAGGGGGGAUAGACAUGGUAUACAACCUUUCAUUAUCACCGGUGUGUCACACAACGGACUGGCUUUUCGACUACAGUCCUUCACCUUGAUUCGCAAUGGACGAUAAACCUACGGCCGCUAGUUGGGAUUCCAACGAACUGUCUCCCUCGUCUAUCUUUUUUGCGGAAAAUCAUCCAUCCCAUCAUUCAACAUCAGCUGCAUCCGAUGCGGACAAUGACGCCGACAAUGAAGCGUCGUCCCUUCUUCAUUCACGUAUGAGCGAUGAUGACCCACCCGAGGAAUAUCGACCACCAGGCCAAUACACGAUAACAUCCUAUGAGUAUCAAGGGGAGGAGUAUCAGGGGCAAAGAGAUACAUUUAUCAUAGGAUCGGACGCAAGUAGCAUUCUCAAGGAAGUCGAUCCUCCAAUCCCCUGCGUGCUGUGGGGUAUCAUGCUAAAAUAUAUCUUCGAACAUAGAAUCAAUGAUAGUAGCAUUCCAAUCUCAGUGGACCUGGUUAUUGAGGACGAACAGGUGAAAGAUGCCAUUGAAACCUUGCGCAAGGCUGGGUUCAAAGACGAUGACAACUACCCAGGGUGUCCCUACAACGGAGGAGCCUGUCCUGUCAACGAGCUCAAGCCGGUUCACGUUUUCCACUUGUUUGAUUCAUUCUCUCAUACCCGAUUGGAGGAGCUUUUUAAUGUGGAGAAAGGACCUCAACUGCAUCACGAUCUAAGACUCCACUGCAAAUCCAAUGUGUACUGGAAACUUCCCAACUUCACUGUGCAGACGGAGGCCAACGAGGCGGACGAGAACUUUAUGCUAUCGUUAGACCGCAGGCUCCGCUGGGAGGGAGUUCACCGACCCAGUGUCAAGGACCAUCCUCCCACUAAAAACCCCCUGGUUCUGCCCACGCCUGCUCGGUUCGCCGAGGCCCUGGUUUACCUGAAGGUGAGAGACGAGCAUUUCAAGAAAAGCGAAAUAUGCUGGGAGGAUGUUUUGGAAGAACAUUUCAAGAUAUUACUUUACGUAGCUCACUAUGGCGAACUAUUCGUGUUGGACGCAAAACGAAAAACCCUCAGCGAGACAUGCCGAGAAUGGUGGGAAUCAUGCAGGACUGGGGAAUAUACCAGCAUACCCUCCACGAAACUGCUAGAUAAAUUGGAGAAAGAGAUAAGACUCGAGAUGGGGGUGUCCGGUGAACCAGAGCCCAUUCCUCUCGACAGCCAUUGGGGACAAGAAAAUCCUCCGGAUAAUAGAACCAGCAUAUCACCCCGUGCCCCGUAUUCGACAGAUGAUGAGGCGGGACCCUUUCGAAUGUCCGAGUCCGAUAGGGCGGUGGAUACAGACGAAUAG